AUGGGCCAUGGAGUUCCCGUUCGAUGUGGACGCGCUGCUCCCGGAGCGGAUCACGGUGCUGGACCAGCACCUGCGGCCCCCAGCCCGCCGACCCGGAACCACAACGCCGGCCCGUAUUGAUCUUCAGCAGCAAAUCAUGACCAUUGUAGACGAACUGGGCAAGGCUUCUGCUAAGGCUCAGCACCUUCCUGCCCCUAUCACUAGUGCAUCGAGGAUGCAGAGUAACCGCCAUGUCAUGUAUGUGCUCAAAGACACAUCAGCGCGCCCGGCUGGAAAAGGAGCCAUUGUUGGCUUCCUCAAAGUUGGAUACAAGAAACUCUUUGUACUGGAUGACCGGGAGGCUCACAAUGAGGUAGAACCACUGUGCAUCCUGGACUUUUACAUCCAUGAGUCACUUCAGCGCCAUGGCCACGGGCGAGAACUCUUCCAUUAUAUGUUGCAGAAGGAGCGAGUUGAACCACACCAACUGGCCAUCGACCGACCCUCACAGAAACUGCUGAAGUUCCUGAAUAAACACUACAACCUGGAGACCACCGUCCCGCAGGUGAACAACUUUGUGAUCUUCGAAGGCUUCUUUGCCCAUCAACAUGGGCCCUCUGCUCCCUCUCUGAGGGCAACUCGACACUCUCGCGCUGCUGCGGUUGAUCCUACGCCCCCUGCUCCAGCAAGGAAACUCCCCCCCAAGAGAGCAGAGGGCGACAUUAAGCCGUACUCCUCCAGUGACCGAGAAUUUCUGAAGGUAGCUGUGGAGCCUCCUUGGCCCCUAAACAGGGCUCCCCGCCGUGCUACACCUGCAGCUCACCCACCCCCUCGCUCCAGCAGCCUGGGGAACUCUCCAGAACGGGGCCCCCUCCGCCCCUUUGUGCCAGAGCAAGAGCUGCUGCGGUCCCUGCGCCUCUGCCCCCCGCAUCCCACUGCCCGCCUUCUGCUGGCUACCGACCCUGGGGGCAGCCCAGCCCAGCGUCGCCGCACCAGCUCCCUUCCCCGCUCUGAUGAAAGCCGAUACUGAUAGACAGCUAACCCCUUGCUCAUGGGGAGACCUGGGUGUGCAGAGACCCCUCUCCCUGAGAACCCCAGACCCACUCUUUAUAGCAUCCCUAGGAUCCACUGGAACCUGACAGAGCCCAUAGGGUUCCCCCUUCCCCUUUCUUGAUAACUGGGUUGUCAGGGUCCCAGAUGGCCUAUUACUUGUAGCUUUUCCUACCAUAGAAAGCUCCCCUUUAUCUCUUAACUUGGGCUCUGAACACUUACAGCCCAAUUCGCUGCCAAAUGCUUUGAGCAGCUCAUACUAGUUAUCCAGAGAAGCGCACGCUUGCUGUCAGACUCUAGAACGCCAUGGAAAGUCCCAGGGCGUCCUCUACUAGUGUAACCUUUUAAGGAGUCUUGUCCAUGGAACAAAUCCCGUAUUCCCUCUAGUGUCUACUGGUAGCUCCAGCGCUGCCUUGUGCUGCCUACCACACUCAGCCUCUUAGUCUGCCCACGCCAGCCAGUUAAGGUAGGACAGGGACGUACCAGCUCCCAAAGGGAUCCAGUCAUCAUUGCCAAACUUCAUCUCCAUGUUUUCUGUAUUUGUCAGGGAGCCCCGAAGCUGAUGUUUGUUUUGGGGUUCUAAAGACUCAUCUCCCUUCUAAAGACACCUCUUCCCCAGGUCCAGAUUCUGUGAGGAUGUCUGUCUCUUGGCAGUGGAUCCCUACUAAGUACCUUAGGAUCACUCUUAGCCAGGUUUCAGAAGAUAAGCCUGAAUCUCAAGGAUCUAUUAACUCCUGGAGUUCCCUCACCCAUCUCUACAGUGGCUAGAUACUGAUAGAUUGCUGUCUUGUGAGAUUGGUUUGAGAUGCGGGAACUCUUCCUCUGACCUUCCUUUCUUCUUUCCUCCUUAGUAAGGACCUCUUCCCUGUUCCAAACCUUGGAGAUAGAACAUCCUUUCCCCUCCCCACCUCCUGAGUGUGUGGUAGAUCAGGUUCCCUGUGUUCCCUCCAAACCUUGGGAGCAGGAUCUCCCUCUCUCCCAACACACCUUCUCUUUUCUUUUCUCCAGUAUUGUCUGAAUCAAGUGUGAAUUCUUUUGUGUUUUUUAAAUGGACAUUUUCAAUGAAAAACAAACAAAAACCUUUGCCUCA